UUCAGGUGACCCGUCUGGCGUCAUAUGCCCUUUUGGCUCGUUCAGAUGCCCCGAAGGGAAGUGCAUACCAUCGCUGUGGGUCUGUAACUACCAGAAGGACUGCGAGAAAGGGGAGGACGAGUUUCAGUCUUGCCCUCCACCUGAAUGUGAACCUGGCCAACUAACAUGUCGACAGUACAUAUGGAACAAAACAUACUGUUUUCCACCUCACUAUCGCUGUGACAUGACUGUUGAUUGUAUCGAUGGAUCUGAUGAAACUGAAUGCA